AUGUUGGCAAUAGGUUGGGCCGAUUACAAAGCCAUGUUUGCGGGUUUGUUCACGUCUACGCUAUCCUUCGCCUUCGCUAAAAUUCUACAACAAGACGUUUUGGGUAACUUGAACGGAUUUUUCAGUUACAAUGCCGUUUUACACGCCGUCGUGUCAGUAGGUUACCUCCCGACCAUAUACGAAUCCAUUUCUCUGUACGAACCUAGAUUUUGGUUUUUCUUAUCUUUUGCCACGUUAAUAUCCGUUUAUUUCACGUCGGCAUUUGCAAAUUUAUUCCGGUAUUUGUGGCAUUAUCCGAUACCUUGUUUCACGAUUCCUUUCAACGUUUUACAAUACGUUUUGAUUUUUUGCCUUUUAAACAAUUCCGUUCCUCCUAAAUUAUUAAGUUCUCACUUGCUCGAACCUGGUCUCAAACCGAACGUCACGCAACUCAAUAAAACGGCGAAACUCAACGAAACUCAUUUUUUCCCUUUCGAUCCGAACGAAGUUUCGAGAAGGAGAAGAGAAACGGAAGAUGGGAUAAAAAACGAUGAUAACUAUACGAAAUGGUUAAAGGACGAUUCGGAUUUCGCAGACCUCAUACCUCCACCUCCUGGCCCCGAGGGAAAUCAUCGUUCGAACGAUUCGCAUUUGAAUUGGGGAGAAACAUUUUCAGGUACCAUAACUGCUCUCUCGCAAGUGUACGGAUUGAACAACAUACCGUGUUCCAUUCUCAUGUAUUUGGCACUCCUCGUCUAUUCUCCUACGACGGCUUUAUUUUGCUACCUCGGAUCAUUUUUGGGUACCUUGACGGGUAUUUUUUUUUCACCCGAUUUCGAAAAAGUUUACGCCGGAUUUUGGGGAUACAACGGUCUUUUAUGCGGUGGCGCCCUGGCUGGUUUCGGCUUCGUAUUGACUCCUCAAUCCGCAUUUCUCGCUUUCGUCGCAAUACUUUUCUCUACCGUUUUCCAACAUUUUAUCACUCCGAUGUUUAACGCGAUGGAUGUACCGAUAUUUCACAUUCCUUUUAUAUUUACAACGGUUAUAUUUUUGCUCGUCACCGGAGAAUAUGAGAAAACGUUGCCCAGACCGGGAAUUUAUUCGUAUCCGGAAAAACAUCGGGAGGAAUUUAAAAAUCAACGGGAAAAUCGCUUUGACGGAUAUUUAAGUCGAACGGGAGUGAGUGAAAAUUUUUAA